CCCAGGUCGGCUGUGGACGGGGCGGGGCGGAGCCUCCUCCUGCACGGGGGAGCCCCCGGGUUCGCCCCAGCUCAGACACUCCUAGCCUUGGGGCAGCUGCCGGGCGAGUCCGCGGAAUAGCGGCCAGCGGGCGAUGGAGACAGAGAGACACCCGACGAGAGGAGGCGGGGUGGGGGAGGCGGGGAGAGUGCGGGGGCGGAGGCUGGCAGGGGGCGCUGGAAGCUGGAGCGGUCCGUGCGCUCCCCGCGCCCGAGGGUGCAGGAGGCUCUGAAGCGGCUGCUGCACCGCGGGGCCCAGGCGGCGGCUGGGGGGCUGGGGGGCUCUGCCGCCGCCGCCGGGGGCGUCGCUGGCCUCGGCCCCUUUGUUCUCGCGCGCUCCCCCUCGCCGCCCACUCCCCUGCUGUCGCGCGGCGGCGGCGGUGGCGGCGGCGGCUCCUCCCGCCCGAGGCAGUCGGGCUCGGCGCCGGGGGCGGGAGGGGGCGGGGGGAGCACGCCAGCCGCCGAGAGUGGGGGGCGAUGGCGAAGCUCCGGGUGGCUUACGAGUACACGGAAGCCGAGGACAAGAGCAUCCGGCUCGGCUUGUUUCUCAUCAUCUCCGGCGUCGUGUCGCUCUUCAUCUUCGGCUUCUGCUGGCUGAGUCCCGCGCUGCAGGAUCUGCAAGCCACGGAGGCCAAUUGCACGGUGCUGUCGGUGCAGCAGAUCGGCGAGGUGUUCGAGUGCACCUUCACCUGUGGCGCCGACUGCAGGGGCACCUCGCAGUACCCCUGCGUCCAGGUCUACGUGAACAACUCUGAGUCCAACUCUAGGGCGCUGCUGCACAGCGACGAGCACCAGCUCCUGACCAACCCCAAGUGCUCCUAUAUCCCUCCCUGUAAGAGAGAAAAUCAGAAGAAUUUGGAAAGUGUCAUGAAUUGGCAACAGUACUGGAAAGAUGAGAUUGGUUCCCAGCCAUUUACUUGCUAUUUUAAUCAACAUCAAAGACCAGACGAUGUGCUUCUGCAUCGCACUCAUGACGAGAUUGUCCUCCUGCAUUGCUUCCUCUGGCCCCUGGUGACAUUUGUGGUGGGCGUUCUCAUUGUGGUCCUGACCAUCUGUGCCAAGAGCUUGGCGGUCAAGGCGGAAGCCAUGAAGAAGCGCAAGUUCUCUUAAAGGGGGAGGAGGCUUGUGGAAAGCAAAGCACAGAAGCUGUACUCAUCGGCACGCGUCCACCUGCGGAACCCGUGUUUCCUGGCGCAGGAGAUGGACAGUGCCACGACAGGGCUCUGAGUCGAGGCUCAUCCCUCAGUGGCAACAGAAACAGGCACAACUGGAAGACUUGGAACCUCAAAGCUUGUAUUCCAUCUGCUGUAGCAAUGGCUAAAGGGUCAAGCUCUUAGCUGUAUGGAGUAACUAUUUCAGAAAACCCUGUAAGAAGUUCAUUUUCUUUCAAAAGUAACAGUAUAUUAUUUGUACAGUGUAGUAUACAAACCAUUAUGAUUUAUGCUACUUAAAAAUAUUAAAAUAGAGUGGUCUGUGUUAUUUUCUAUUUCCUUUUUUAUGCUUAGAACACCAGGGUUUAAAAAAAAAAGGUGAGGACAUCUGGGUCUCAUUUGCUUCUGCUAGGGUAAACUUUUACUUGACAACAAGGAUUCUUGCUGAAGUCUGAACCUUACCAUGUAACCCUCAGUUUCCACUAUUAAAGAGUAUCUUUUGAUGUCUGCUUGGAAAAUGAAUAGUAUACUGGUAACUCAGUCUCCAGUCACCUCUGUGUCUCUUAAGCAAGAGAUUCUAAAAGAUUGGGAAAACAAAUCCUCCAACACCUGCGUUUGCCUAACCAUUAUUUUUCACCAGAUUACUUCUUAAGAGAGGGAGGUGAUUCUGAAGAAGGCUUCUAUCUCAAAAAGCACUGGGCUUCUUUAUUCAUCUGUUCUUGUUUUUGAUGGAUUUCAAAAAAUUUGUGUGCAAUACAAUAUACAUGAUGUGAAGGACACUCUUCAGCUUAGUGAAACGCUGUUUUCAUUUUUUUUUUGUAGGUCAGAAAAAAACACCAAAAUCAGUUCAAGCAUUUUGAUUUUUUUUUUCUUUGUCCUUGCCUUGAUGUUAUGAGUAUUAAAACCAGGAGGAUUGCUGCCAUUGUUCAGUUUGCUUGGACAAACCUGGAGAUGCAACCCAGCUCACAUCAUUGCUACUGAUGAGCUUUCUGUGCCUUUAUCUAAAGUUGAUUGAGAAGACCAUAUUUCUUUGUAUCUGUUUAUAAACUCAAAUUCCAAGUAUCAAAACGCAGGUCUCAGUGAACAUCAAACCUAUUUACUACAUAGAAUCAAACCUUUGUUUAGGUGAGAUGUACAUCGUUAGUGGAGGAACAACUGACAACAUAAUUUCAUUUGUUUUCUUCUGAUACGCUUCAGACAUGCCUCUAUUAGAAUAAAGAUAAACUGGAAUUUAAAGACAAGUUCCCCUCAGUUAUUUCCAUGGGGCUGUAAUAUAUAUAUAUAUAUAUAUAUAUAUAUAUAUAUGGAAUGAUGGUUUCCUGACCUUUAGUCCACAUACCAAUGUUUUCUUUUUUUCUUUUCUUUUCUUUUUUUUUUUUUUUGAGAUGGUGUCUCACUCUGUCGCCAGGCUGGAGUGCAGUGGCGCGAUCUCAGCUCACUGCAGUCUCCACCUCCUGAGUUCCAGUCAUUCCCCUGCCUCAGCCUCCCGAGUAGCUGGGACUACAGGCACACACCACCACACCUGGCUAAUUUUUUUGUAUUUUUAGUAGAGACGGGGUUUCACCAUGUUAGCCAGGAUGGUCUCAAUCUCCUGAUCUUGUGAUCUGCCCACCUCGCCUCCCAAAGUGCUGGGAUUACCCGCCAAUGUUUUCUUAACCUUAGAAUGUGAAUAACUGAAAAUUGUAGUCUGUGGAAAGGUGUUGAAUUGAGUAUAAUCUUCUUCUGUUUAUUUUUGUGUUUUGUUUUUUAACAGAUGGGGGUCUUGCUGUAUUGCCCAGGAUGGAGUGCAGUAGCUACUCACAGGUGUGAUCAUAGCGCACUGCAGCCUCAAGCUCCUGGGCUCAAGCGAUCCCCCUCCCUGAGCCUCCCAAGUAUCUGGGGUUACUGGUGUGCACCACCGUGCUUGGCUCCAAUAAUUUUUUUUCUAAUUCAAAAGUUACAGUUUCACUGUGAAAAAGGCCUUGAACACACUAUUUAUGGCAUCUUUUGAGGCAGCUCCAGUGCCUUGACUUCAAUCCCAGUUUCUGGUUGCAGCAUCCUUGUUGUCUUAGCAACACAGUGAACUAUUCUGAAGCAUAGAGAAACAUGAAACUGGGAGUCCGAGAAAUCAUCAUCUCUGCAUCACAUUAUGGGAGACGAAGUCUGCUUUAUCCAUUUUAUCUUUAUUCGGUUGUCUAUGAUUAAUUGAUUACAGAGUAGUAGAUUAGAAUAGUGCAUGGAUGUAUAUUUGUGCUGAAAAAAGGGGAAGUUGAUAUAUAUCAAUCUUAGUUUUCAUUUAUCAGUUUGAUACUUAUGCAUUUACAUUAAACGCUUCCAUUUAUCCCAAAAAAAAUAUGCAACUGUAUUCUAUAGGUUGAUUUUUGGAAAAGGGGAGAAGCACACUGAAUUCAUAAGGUCACAUGUAGUCUUAAGGUCUUACUUGCUUACAACCAAUUAAAUUUGAAGCACCUUACUUAUACUUGUUAAAGGUAAAACCCAAAAGAACAAGCAGAGGACAUUUUAAGGUCUUAAAAGUUAAAUAAGCUUACCUUCUUAAUGUUUUCAUCCUCUUUUUGUGUAAAUCAGAAAAUGAUCUAAACUGCUGUAACAAAGAGACCCCAAAAUAUGAUGGCUCAUGUAAGAUAAUUUAUUUUUUUCUCACAUGGCAAUCCAGAAGUAGCUUCGUUUCACAAGGUAUUCAAGGGAUAUAGGAUUCAUCUACCUUGUUAAUUCUCUUAAUACCCAAGGGUAUUGUUCUUUCCAUGGUCAAAGCUGGCUCAAGACUUCCCAGCCUGUGAAAAAAGAGGAAGUUGGAGCAAGCCAUUUCCUUUUUAGGAAAUUACAGCCGUCACUUCUGCCCACAGUCCAUUCAUGAAUACUUACUACAUAGCUAUACCUAGCUUCAGGAAAGGCUGGGAUGUGUCUCUAACUAGAUGGACAUGUGCCCUACUAAAACUCCAGGGAAAGGGUUCUAUUACUAAAGCUAAAAAGAGGGGAAUGAAUACUAGAGUUAAAGACAAAAAUGAUAGCAGCCAAUGGCCCAUGCCAUGAUAAUCUGCUGAGUAGGCAUGAUGGAGAUCCCUUGCCCAGCAGAAAGUGUGUUCCUUGGUGAAACCAUGAAUCUGCUAUCUGGGAGAAACUCCCUUGUCCAUUGUCUUUGUGGCCCCUAGUUUGACCUCUAGAAAAGUCUUCCUUGUCAGCUUCUGUGGCCCCAUCUGAAACUUUUGAGGGACAUCACAGCUUUUGCAGCCCCUGCUUGCUGGUGCAGACUUUUAGACCUAGAUUGCCUUAGAGACUGAAAGAUAUACACUUUUAUAGGCCAGGGUUUUAGUUCAUUUGACUGUAAUAAAGACUUCAAUGCCGUUUUUAAUGUUUGACUGCUGACAUCUUUCAAGACUCACCUUUCCCUUUCCCCUUAUGCUGCACAUCUCGGCAAGCUGAUGGAAGCAUGGGUGCCUCCUCCUUUGGCCCCAGCAGGGAGUUCAAAUCACACAAGCCCUGGCAUGCAUGCAGGAAGCUUCACCCCAGCCUCACACUCUAAGACGGAUAAAAGCCAAACCAAUUAAGCCGUUUCUCGACCCUCCUGGGAGCCUGCCCUAUCUCCCUGGAAAGUCUCAGUAUGUGAGUAAUAAAUCUUUUUAUACCCA